AUGAUGAAGAACAAGUCAUCAGUGAAUAAGCAAGCUCAAGAUGCCCUCUGCAUCUCACAGUCUCACAACCUAGGACAUCUUAAAAAUAUACUGGAUGGAGGAGAGUAUGCCCCUUUUGUAUCUCCUCCUGUACUGGAGAGCAAUUUUCUUCAGGUCAGUAGGAGAGGUGAAUCUAUUUACCUGCACAACCGAGCCAACUGGGUGACCGUAGGCAUCUGUUCUUCCUGUCCCACCCUCAAGAUCCCCAAUGUGAUGCUGUUGGCACAUAUGACACCGGCUGUUUAUAAAAACACAGAACCCCUCUUUACAACCCUCCUGAAAUCUCCCUCUCCUGAGAAGCUGGUGCUCACCAGGUUUCUCCCUCUGCAGUUUGUGACUCUCUCUGUGCACGACGCUAAGCACAUGCGUCUCAAAGUAAAGCUAGUAAGUGGCCGUGCCUACUACUUACAGCUCUGUGCUCCUAUGUAUAAACAGGAUGACAUAUUCUCUCAAUGGGUGAACCUCAUCUCCUGCUUGAGUCAGGAGAAAGCCAAAGCCUCCAAAGUGUCAGAGGUCUCGAGUCUCUCAAAAAUCACAAACAGCACAGACAUCACAGAUUCGAUGGACAUCAUGGACAUUGCUGCCUUUGAAGAGAUACAGACCAUACAGGACCACACACACAUAUACUCUUCAAACAUCGGGGAGAGCACAGACUUCUCAAAAUUCACAGAUGUCACUGAUAUCACCGAUGUCACAGAUGUCACAGAUAUCCCAGAAAAUGAGGUCACAAAGGUUCCAGACAUAAAUAUUUUCACAGAAGUUACAGAGGUUAUAGAAGUCCUAGAAGCCACAGGGGUCCCAGACCCCUCAGGGGUCACAGUGAUAUUUGAAAAUGACGACAUCAUAAGGGCCAAGCAAGAGGAAAAGGAAUAUGUUCUGAAGCAUGGGUGUCUACGAGAUUCAAAAAAUAAGAAUGAGUUCAGGGAAACCCCCAAACAUGUCACCAUCUCAAAUAUAACAUUGACUUUCCAAAAUGAAAGAUGUUUUCAGACUACUUUAACUCCUAUAAAAAGCGGAGAAAUCAUCCCUGAAGAGUCAAUUGAUAAAACCUCUAAAGAAAACAUGACUGAUUUUCAAAACACAGCUCUCAAGGCUACAGAAUCCAGGCUUAUAAAAAAUAUGUUUUGUUUCCCAAAUGGCUCAGGCAGGUCUCCAGAGCACGGCCUCGUGCUGGGCAAAGGCCGGCCUACGGAAUUCCAAAUCCUCUCCGAAAUCCGUGAAACAGCUGUGGCCCUUGGCAUCCUUCCCGGUUUUCAGGACCUCAUUCUCAGCUGCCUUUUUUUUUUUUUGAGUCGUCUGCAGAAUCAGGGAAUUCUGCAGAACUUUGCACUCGUCCAGGUUGUUGAAAUGAUUUGCGACGUGCCUGCCGGGACAAGAGGAAUCUCUUCAAAGGGAAUUGGUUUUCCCUCAGGAGAUAACAGCCAUUUGGGAGCAGAAAGGCUUUGGGGCGUCGCCAUGCUCCGACCCCGCCUCGGGGAAACCGGGCGUUCGCACACAAACCGAGGAAAACUAGGCUGCUCGCCUCCAAUUCCUAAGAGCCCGAAAGAGCCGCACUUUAUAGCUGGAGGCGCGGGACCGCGAGCGCGCGCCCGCCCACAGGGGUGGGGGUGGGGGGUGAGGGGGCUACGACACGACAGAGCCGACCAAUGA